GUCAUUAGACACGAGUGCAGAGGAAACAAAGUUAUGGGGCUGAUUAGUCCAUCCCAUGCCGAUGUGAUAAUAGAGGGACGAGCUGUCAUGACAAGACAGGAGCGCCGGGACGACGGAGAGGUGGGCGAAAUGGCAGUGGGUGGUGUAUAAGAGGAAGGAUUAGAGUUCAGAGUGGCGGAUGUUUGGAGGAACUUAGAGACAAUCUUCUCAGGUACCUGAUGAAAUAAGCCCAUGUGGAGCAGGAUGGGCACGUUUGUGACCCUGACGGAGGUGCUAGAGGCCCGGGGUUCGCCCUUGGAAGAGGACGAAGUCUGGUGUCUGCUGCUGGCCACCGCUGAUGCCUUACUGGACAUCUCCAAAAAAGGUCCAGGUAACAUGUGUAAUGUGUUGAGCCCCGGCUCAGUGCUGCUGUCAGCCAAUGGGAGCCUGGCCUUCAAGAGCUGCGCACGAAGUGAAGACGUGGCGUCUUACACAGCUCCCGAGGUCCAGCAGGGUCUCACUCCUUCCACCAGGGCUGCUGCUGAAAAGGCGGUAGUAUACUCACUGGGAAUGACUCUUUACUGGUGCGCUGACUAUCACCUCCCUCAGAAUCAGCCAGUCCAGAUAAGCACAGAGCUGGAGGGUUUGCUGCUGAGCAUGUGUGAGGACAUGGCGGUGAGGAGGACCGACCUGCUGACGGUGCUGGAGACCUGCGAGUUCCAUCACAAGUCCUCCAUGCUGCCGUCCCCAGAGCGCCUCAUCAGGCAGCUGGUCGAAGACGUCUACAGAAACUCGGACGACCACGUGGCCAUGACAGAAAACGGAUCCCAGCUGACAGACCGCAGUCAGAUGGUCAGGGAUAGAUUACACCGAGGUUCUUUCAGUAACUCGACAUGGACCCUAAAAAAGAAGAUCCACAGAAUCUUUUCAGAAACAUCGUAUCCAGCUGAUACUACAGGGAUUCCCUUGGGAGGUCGGCUCAGAGAAAGUUAUCCCAGCUGGCAGCAUCUGAACCGUACCCCCUGUAGCCCGUACAUGGAUGGCAAUCGAACUACCAGCGCAAGAUCCCUUCUGCAGUUCGAAUCCACAAUGAGUUUGAAUGACAAGAAAAUGAAAGACAUGACUGGUCCUGAGUUUCUCAGAGUUUUGGAGGAACCCCUUGUCGUUUUGGAGCUGCCCGGGUCCAUUCUGACAAAGAAAGGGAAAUCUCCAGCCACCCAUAGAGAGCUCAGUGUGGUGAUGCCAAAUGGUCAAAGCAUCCUGGUCAAGUGUGAAGUGAAAAGCAAAGGAGGGGAUGUGUUUGACAUGAUCGUGGCUCAUUCAAACCUCAUGGAACACUUCUAUUUUGGCCUUGCAUAUAUCGAUGAUAAUGAGUUUUUCUUCAUUGAUAAUGACACCAAGAUUUCCAAAGUGGCGCCAGAUAGCUGGAAGAAAGUGCCUACGACAACUUUUGUCCUUUUCUUCAGGAUCAAAUUCUUUGUGAACAACAUUUCUCUUCUUUUGCACAAACAGACCCGUCACCAGUACUACCUCCAGCUUAGGAGAGACCUUUUAGAAGACAGACUGUCCUGCCAUGAGGAGACUGCUCUGUACCUGGGAGGUCUGGCCUUGCAGACAGAGUAUGGAGACUGCAUGCCUGAGGUGUACGGUAGAAACUACUACCGACCUGACCAGUACGUCUCCAAGAGUGUGAUGGAGAAACGUGCCUUGCCUUACAUUCAGGCAGAGCUGCUGAGACUUCAUGCCAAUAAUGCCCAAAUGCUCACAGAUGAAUCCAAGCUUGAAUUCCUGAAGGUUUGUCAGCAGUUGCCUGAAUACGGCGUCUUGUUCCACCGUGUGAUACGGGAGAAAAAGCCUUCGGAUGGAGAAAUUGUUCUCGGAGUUUGUGCCAAAGGUGUCAUCGUCUACGAGGUUAAAGAUGGCUGCCGGUCCACCGUUCAGAAUUUCUUCUGGAGGGAAACGGCUACAAUCUCCUCUAGCAAGCAAAAAUUUAUAAUCGAGUGCCGGGGCAGCCGGAAGAAAUACGUCUUUAUCACGGAGAGGUCCAGGAUAGCCAAGUAUUUGUGUAACCUCUGUUCUGCCCAGCACAAGUUUAACAAUGAGAUGAGUUCCCGGCAGCAAAGCCGCAGCCUGGUCUCAGAGGACAACAUUGUGCAGUACGCAGCUGUGCGCCGCGCUCAGAGCAGACAGCUCAAGUCCAUUUCGUGUUCCGAGAUGCUCCAGGACGACAGCGGCCUGACCACGCCGCAGGAAGAGUCUCUGACCAAGCUGUGUGACGACGUGGCAGCCAGAAUCGAGGCCCGUGUGAAACAUCACAGCAGCACCUGCUCCAGCAGCCAGCGCAGCAGCACAGGUUUACGCUCUCCAUCCUGUUCCCAGAGGAGCGGAUCGGAGGCCCACUCCGGAUCCCCAGCAGCCCGAGAAACGUCGCCUAAACUGGGCAUUCCUUCGGAGAGGGAAGUCAUCUGUGUUUUGUUGAAGAAAGACCCAAAACUGGGCUUGGGUAUUGUUAUAGUCGGAGAGGACACAAUAGGCCGCUAUGACUUGGGCAUUUUUAUCGCCUCCAUUGUGCCUGGAGGACCUGCAGACAAGGACGGACGCAUCAGACCGGGGGGUCGCCUGAUAUCCCUGAACCAUGUCAGCCUGGAGGGCGUCACGUUUAGCGAGGCAGCAGGGGUCAUGGAGGGCAGCCCUGAGGAAGUGCAGCUCAUUGUCUCGCAGCCUAAAGUCCCACUAAGUCCCAUCAGCGUUCGCUCUCCUGUGCUGAGAAAAUACGGGUCCCAGACUACGCUGAUGACAGAUGGACGUUCAGGAGACGAUAGCCUGGAUGAGAUCGUCUCCGUCAUGAUGACGCCAAAGGCCUCCAGCAGGCUGCACGUCCCGCGGGACGUACGAGUCCUCAGUGCACAGGACGGAGGCCCUGUACCUCCAUCUCAGAACUGUGUGGGGCCAGAAGAGAUCUCUGUGGAGCUCAGGAAGAUCUCUGGAAAUCUGGGCCUCAGCAUCUCUGGUGCAGCAAACACCAGAGGUCAAAACGGGGGAAUCUACAUCAAGAGCCUUGUUCCCGGAGGGGCAGCAGAGAGAGACGGACGUUUACACACAGGCGAUAGAAUUUUGGAGGUUGAUGGGAUUAACUUUCAUGGCUUCACCUACCAGCAGGCUGUGGAGUGUCUGGGUAAAACCGGGGAGGUGGUCUACUUUGUUGUGAAGCGGGAGUCAGUCAGCCUGCCUAAAGUUUCUGUGAUUGCUGACACAGACAGUCCGGUGUCCAAUCAGAGAGUUCCCCAAACCACCAGCCAUCUUAGACUCAACAGCUCGUCGUCCCUAAGCUCUUCCACAAGCACAAGGUCUGUCCGUUCCAGAGACUACGGCUUCGUCACUGAUGAAAAUGUCAAGGAGGUGACUCUGACCAAAGACGUCAAUGGUCUGGGAUUUAGCUUCCUGAUGUGUGAGCUGGACCCACCCACCAAGGACUUCAGCAGCAUGGUCCGGAUAAAGCAGCUCUUCCCCGGCCAGCCUGCGGAGCAAAGCGGCAGAAUUCAGGAGGGAGAUGUCCUGCUGGCUAUCAACGGCCAGUCGCUAAAGGAGCUUUCCUAUCCAAAAGUGCUGAAGCUGUUCAAGAAUUCCCCAGCUGAAGUGAGGCUAACUCUCUGUCGGCCGCCACCAGGGACUCUACCUUCCCUGGACCAUUUCACCGGCACCUGAUCCGCCUCUUGGGCUUUACACCAGCACUGUCGUAUUGAAGCAACGUCAUGCUUUCAGAUGAAGCAGGAGGUGGUGAUGGAUACUGAAGGCUUACGGUUGUUCUGACCUGUUAGCAAAAUGCUGCUGGCCCUCUGGAAAGUUAAGGAAGAAUCAGAAUCAGCUCAAGUCGGUAUCAGAAGGUCCAAUCUCACCAAAUCUGAGGUAUAAUCUGAAUCUUUAACUUAUUUCAGUAAGUAAAGUUUACAAAUGUGGUUUAACUUGCCCUCUUUCUCGAUUCCUUUCUAAAAGUAACGUAUGCAUUGGUUCCUUUAUCUGUUCUUUGCACAGUGAGGAUAGCAGAGGACAGAAAACUGGGUCGGUUUUCUGCCUGGUCCUGAUACAAUCUAGAACCUCAGUGUGUCUAAGGAUACAGCAACCUGAUUCCAGGAAACAUCAUGACUGAAAGAGGAAGAAGUGCAACACAGAAGUUUCCACCAAGAGAUGAAGACCAAAGUGACGAGAAAAAAACAUUGUUUAAAGCAUUGCUUUAUGUGACCAAACAAAAAUAAAAGCUACUGAACUGAG